CCGGCGCCUCGUCUCUCAUUUUAGUCGAAGAGACGACGGCGAGCGGUCGACGACGACGACAUUAAAGUAGCGGCAAUUGUUCAGAGUAAAUCUCUUCAUUAUAUAACUGGACUACUUUUUUUUUUUAAAAAACCUCCGUCGUUGGGAUUUUUUUUUGUAACUCCAACUGAAAAACCUCACUUUUUCUCGCUCUCAAGUCAAAAUGGAGAACGGCGACAACAAAUCUUGUCUCUCCGAGCUGCUGCUGGAAAAGAGCAGCCUGGACUCGUCGUUCACGCACGCCACCAAACUUAUAAACGCAGAAGUCGAAAGGAUCCAAAAAGGUGAACCCAAGAAGGACGAGCCUGACACGUACCUGGAUCUUUUUACACAACAUAACAUAAAACUCAAGGAGCGGAUCCUCAUACCUGUCAAGCAAAACCCCAGGUUCAACUUUGUGGGAAAGAUUCUGGGACCCCAAGGCAACACCAUCAAACGUCUGCAGGAGGAGACCGGAGCCAAGAUCUCUGUGCUGGGCAAGGGCUCAAUGAGAGACAAAACUAAGGAGGAGGAGCUUAGAUCCGGAGGCGAGCCAAAAUAUGCCCACCUGUCCAUGGAGCUGCAUGUGUUUGUGGAGGUGUUUGCCCCUGUCCCCGACGCCUACCUGCGCAUGGCCCACGCCAUGGAAGAAGUCAAGAAGUUCCUAAUUCCUGAUGUGACCGACGAUAUCUGCCAAGAGCAGUUCAUGGAGAUGGGCUACCUGAAUGGAGGCCAGGAACAUGGAGGCCGAGGAAGAGGAAUCCGGGCACGUGGCGGCCCCCCAGGAACGCACAGGGGGAGGGGAAUGCCACCUCGUGGUGCUGCUGCUCGGGGAGCCAGAGGGGGCACAGUCAGAGGCGCCCCGUCAGGACGAGGAGGGCCUGCCGCUGCAUCUGGCAGGGGAGCUGCGGCAUCCCGUGCCAGGCCAUCAGCUGCUGGGCCCCCACAGAGGAUGCAAUCCCACCAGCAAACUUCUGCUACAGGCGGCGAGAGCUAUGAUGGAUAUGGCUACAACGAGAGCUACGAUGCUGCGAACUACGACUCAUAUGGCAACUAUUACAAUCAGCAGCAGGCAGAACCACAAUACUACGACUAUGGACAUGGAGAGUCUGCAGAGUCCUAUGACACUUAUGCCCAGGAUGAUUGGAACGGGAACCAGAGAGCAGCUCCAAGCAAAGCCCCGCCUGCCUCCAGAGGUGCCAAGACGCCAUACAGGGAGCACCCAUACAGAGCAUACUGAAGUGGCCCCGCCCUCCCCUUUACAGUGUUACCUGUCGACAACGGCAGCUGUCGCUUUAAGCAGCCUGACACAAGUAAUUGUCCGUUUUGGCUUUGGUUUCUUUUACAGGUUUUAUUUGUUUUUCUGACAUUGGACUUUCUUA